AGCUACGUAAACUAUCCUUAAGUAUAAAACUAGCUUUGAUACCUACCUAAGAGCCUCCCUUGUCUUGAGACGCGACAACAUCCUUCUAAAUUGGUCAGGCUUCACAGUCCCCGUAUUUCGAUCAUUGGCUCUAACCGCAAUGGUAACAAUUACACGCGCCGAAACUCGAGAUGUUCGGUUCCCAACAUCUUUGGACAAAACCGGCUCUGAUGCUAUGAACGCUGCGGGAGACUACUCUGCAGCAUAUUGCAUCCUGCACACAGAUUCUGAAUACAAGGGUCACGGAAUGACCUUCACAAUAGGCCGUGGCAAUGAACUCGUUUGCGCUGCCAUCCUCCUGGUUGUAAACCGCAUCAAAGGCCAUACUCUCUCUUCCCUCGUCUCAAAUUGGGGGCAGACCUGGAGACACCUAGUCAACGACUCCCAGCUCCGUUGGAUCGGCCCAGAGAAAGGAGUGAUCCACCUCGCUCUAGGCGCCGUUGUUAAUGCCAUCUGGGACCUUUGGGCCAAGACGCUGAAGAAACCUGUAUGGCGGAUAGUCGCCGACAUGACCCCUCAAGAAAUCGUGAACUGCAUUGACUUUAGGUAUAUUACGGAUGCAGUGACUCCUGAAGAAGCACUUGACAUCUUAACGAAAGCCCAAGUGGGGAAACCCGACCGCAUAAAAGAUGCGGAAGAUUCUCGCGCGGUGCCAGCGUACACAACUAGUGCGGGAUGGCUUGGUUACGGCCAGGAUAAAAUGCGAGCUCUACUGCGAGAGACGCUAUCGAAGGGGUACAAGCACUUCAAGCUCAAGAUUGGCUCGGAUAUUGUCCAGGACAGGGAGAGGUUAACCAUUGCACGGGAAAUCAUUGGGUUUGAAAAAGGAAAUAUCUUGAUGGUGGAUGCGAAUCAGGUGUGGAGCGUGCCUGAGGCGAUUGCCUAUAUGAAGCAGUUGGCUGAAUUUAAGCCGUGGUUUAUUGAGGAGCCUACGAGCCCUGAUGAUGUCCUCGGACACGCUGCCAUCCGGCAAGCCCUGAAACCGCUCAACAUUGGGGUUGCAACUGGGGAAAUGUGUCAGAACCGGGUAAUGUUCAAGCAGUUCCUCCAAGCCAAAGCCAUCGACGUCUGCCAAAUUGACGCGUGCCGCAUGGGAGGCGUCAACGAAGUCCUCGCAGUUCUCCUAAUGGCUGCGAAAUUCAAAGUCCCAAUAGUGCCUCAUUCCGGGGGCGUCGGGCUGCCAGAGUAUACGCAGCACUUGUCCACCAUCGACUACGUGGUUGUGAGUGGUAAAAAGAGUGUUCUUGAGUAUGUGGAUCACUUGCACGAGCACUUUUUCCAUCCCAGUGAGAUCAAAGACGGAUAUUAUGUUACGCCGAUGGAACCGGGAUAUAGCGUAGAGAUGAAGCCGGAGAGUAUGGAGAGGUUUAGUUUCCCUGGAGAAGAGGGUGCGAGUUGGUGGAGGAGUGACGAGGCGAAAGCGAUAUUAGAAGGAGAACAAAUCUAGACGUGAAUGGUGAAGGGAAAGGGAAAGGCAAAGGGAUAACAGGACUUGAGCGCGGAGGAAAACGAUGUUCUGGGCAGCUCGUGGGCUUAUAAAAGGGGUUGGCUCUUAUGUUUCUAAGCAAGAGAGUUUAUGGGCACUUCUUGAAUGCCAAAGAUAAGAUAAGCCAUGAUUCAAG